AAUUAUAGCCUUGAAAUAAAAAUCAUUGCGCCUCUGUUGCAGGAAGUAGACACUUCUUGUCGGCCACUGCAGCUGCCAAAGGAAUUUUCGUCUGAAGGAGGGAACCAUGGAAGCAAGGCACUGAGGGCUUCAUUGCAGAUUGGAAACAGUUGAAGAUGGGCAUUGAGAUGGAGAUGAAGAUGAACAGUGAGGGGGACCCCACCGCCUCCUGGCCCCUGCUGUCCUGGCUAGCCUCCUGCAUCAUGGUGUUUGGGGGGGUUGUGCCCUAUGUACCCCAGUAUCAGGAGAUUCUCAGGACCUCCAGCACUGAGGGAUUCUCCACACGCGUCUGCCUCGUACUUCUGGUGGCCAACAUUCUUCGAAUCUUCUUUUGGUUCGGAAAGCAGUUUGAAUCCCCUCUCCUAUUCCAGAGUAUGGUAAUGAUCCUUACAAUGCUGGCUAUGCUGCACCUGUGCUGUUCAGUCCAAACAACCAAUCACGUCUCCACCAAACAACACUACUUCACAGACCUGGACCUGAGAUAUUUUUGGAGCUGGGCUUGCUUUGAGGACUACCUUCUGUUUUGCUUUUCCUUCACGGUGCUGAGUGCCCUCAUCACGUUCCUCUUCCUGGAUUCGGUCCUGUUUGUGGAGGGCGUUGGGUCCCUGGCUGUGCUCACAGAGGCAAUGCUGGGUGUACCACAGCUGCUCCAGAACUUCCAGAACAAGUCAACACGGGGGAUGAGCAUAAAGAUGGUGUUGCUGUGGACAGCAGGGGACUUUUUCAAGACAACCUAUUUCCUAGUGAAUGAGGCUCCAUCCCAGUUCUGGCUGUGUGGUGUCGCCCAGAUCUGCAUUGACAUAGCCAUCCUCCUGCAGGUGGCAUUCUACAAACAGGAGACCCACACCAAGUAUGGGUGACGGCACCAAGUACCAAACUAAAGACAUCGCACAUUUAACCAACCAGUCUGAAAACCUUGCUUGUAGAUUUGGUCACUCUUGUAAGGGCUGUUUUUUAGUUUAUUAACUGUUACCAAACAUUGUUAAUUUUUAGCUAAUGACGUUUUUAUUUCUUUAUGUAUUGCACCUAAUAUAGGUUUAUCUCAGGGCCCUACACUGCCAGAUAUUUAUUUUCCUAAUAAUUCUCUUUUUAUAACCCUAUACAACCAAGAGUAAAGGACAGUUUUUGUAGCUUUGUACAGUUUGUGUGUUCAUGCUUAGAAAACUUGGUAGAACUUUAGAUGACAUGGCAAACAUGACCAUGGUAAUAGCUGGGUAAACGUUUUUUGCUAUCACUACUGGUGGAAUAAGUGUAUAAUUGCAUCAAAAUGUAUGUGCCAAGUAAUUCCACAGUAUGUAGUAAGAACAGGAGCCAUUAGUGAUUACCCAGUUAUUACAAUUUAAUUACAUGUCUAUUCAUGCCCUAGAAUAUAAAUUGCUAUCAAAAACUGCUGUACAGUUCACAGUCACCGCUGGUAGUAUGAUAUGUGCCAUAUAAUGUGUGCCGAUAACUGCAAGAACCGUACAUUUAAAAUAAAUAAAUAAAGCAAAGAUAGUGCACAUUAAUGUGUUAUUGAUGUCAUUAAAAAGAUAUAGCAGGAUAUCCAAAAUAGAGUGUCAAAACCACCCUACCACAACAUCUUUCUCCACCAAUGUAAAAAAAGUAUGUCCUCAAGAAGUGUGGCUGCCUGACCUAUAAAACCAUCUGUUAUUUAAUCGGGUGACUUUAACAUUGAUCUACAAUUGUUGCUCCCAGAGUAACGCUGUCAAAGAAAACAUAUUGGAAAGAUGGCUUUUAAUGUACAAUUUAGAGUUGCACCAUUAUCUCAGGUAUGUAAGUAAGGCGUUUGUUCAGCCUUUUAAUCAAGAGACCGAGUGGAUACCUGGACAACAUGCCCCACCACAAGGGCGAUUACAAAUCUGAUUAAUGUUUACUUAAUGUUAUACAGUAAAGUAUACAGUAGUAACAUAAAGUCAUAUGGGGAUAUCUGAGCCUUUUCUCCAGCAGAAAGAUAACACAUGCUCUGAAUUCUGGUUGUGUUAUGUAAUAAACAGGCAUUAUUUAAUCUCUGAACAGAAUGGCAUUUAAAUACAUAAACUGCUUGGUGGAAUAUGCUGAACUAAAGAACAAACUUGUCUUAAAGCAGACUUAAUGCAGAAGUAGCAACAAAGACCACUCAGAAAAACUGCAAACAUCAUACAAAUAAGGGGGGAGUAAAAAUGAAAUCUGAAGCUACUGAGAAAUUACCAUUUUUAAAUAGAAGUUUGGGAGCUUGGGAUCAAAAAGGUUAACAGUAGUUUAACUGGCUAUGUGAACUAUUAUUAGAUUCUAACCAAAGAAAAUGUAAUUAUAAGCCAAAAACAAAAGAUCUUUAUUAUAUCAGCUCUUCUCUGGGGUUGGCUGAGCAGACAGGGUCGGUUGCAUUGUUUCUGAUGUGGAGGCACAAAUGAUAUUGUGAUUCCUUUAUUAAAUCAGCACUAUAAAACCCCUAGCUUUCAACACCAUAGGACUCUUUUUCAAUGGCAAUUGAGAAAUUUAAAUUGAUUCUGUUGUGAAAUGGCAUUCACUUUGUUCAUACACAGUAUCUGACUGUGCUGAUCCAGACUGUGGGUUACUGUAAGUCAUUAGAUAUUUGGCCGUAGAAGAAAGGUUUAUAUAAACACGAAUGAUCCACAAACAGCUUUCAUAAACCAUGGCUGAUGCGAUCUCCCAGAAUGUUUCACAUAUUUAAAAUUAUCUUUAAUUAUCUCUAAUUAUCCAAAACAGUGUGAACAGAAUUGCUGAGUUGUUAUACAUAUACCCAAACCCACACAAAGCUCACCCGCCCCUUACUGCAAUUACUAAAAUACUGUGUUUUCUUAAUUUUUUGUACAGCACAUUUUUUGUGAAGGUGAUUCACCUGAGUUCAGGAGCUGCUCUUUAGUUCUAGUUGCCUGAUAAAGAUAUAUGCAACCUAGAUUGGUCAGCCAACAUGUAUUUAUAGAAGUGGCAGACAUCCGCCACUUUGCAAACAAGUUUUUCAGUGUUGCUGACAAUACAUGCUGUGCACUAUAUAGUGGUGGCUCUUAAAUAUAAAGACAUAUUGGCUGAUCUAGCCUAUAUUAUCUAUAGCAGGCAACUAGAACUGAACAGCACAUCCUGAAUUUAGUCAAAGCACCUUAACACAAACUAAUCAAAACUAAAAACAAACACAACAUUUAUAAUGACAAUAAGAACCAACAUCAUAAAAAUGCAAGUGGAUGGUAAAAAAAAAAAUUAAAAAAUAGCAAAAGUAAUUCGAAGAUAGUAGACGAUUGAUCCCAGAAAUUUACCUAGUUGUUUUUUAAAGGAUCCCAGUGGUGCGACAACAUGGCUUGGUAACCGUUUAUAUACACUUACCAUUCAUUGAGCCUCAUUUACCAAAGGGUGUAAACUUUAUGGUGCGCAAUAAUUGCAGUUACUGUGAACAUUAAUGAUUUCCAUAUUUACUAUUGUAAUUGUAUUCAUUUUCGCGCAAAAUAGUGGGCAUAUGAUGGUGC